AAGUGGUUUUUAUGAACACUCAAAUUUAAAGCUUGAAAAUUUUCUCAACGAAAACUAAUUUUAACAGCUUUACAAUAUUUACUAUAUUAUUAUCUUAAUUAGCUCAAACAAUUGUUGUGUUUGUUUACAUUUAAAUUCAGACAGAAGCUUCAAAACACGGUACUUUUCCUCAUGGCUGAAUAUAAAUAAAUAUUUUUUUGGGGGAAAUAAUAAUAUACAUUUCAAAUGAAUAUCAAUACAAAUGAAGUAACUGAAUAUAAUAAUUAUUUGCAGAAUUAUCCAAAAAGCUAAACCAUUAUUCACCUCAAUCGAAAAGCGACUAUUCUCGCCUAGUUAUUAUCCCGAUCUACUCUAUCUUAACUCGAUAAGCAUGCCUGUCAUACAGCGCACUUGAAUGUAUUGUAUACGUCAACGGGCAGACAACCGAAAUGGGGCAAAAUAUGAUGAAUGUAAUUUUUCUUCAAUCUGGGUAACCCUAAUAUGAACUGAGCUGAAAGGUAAAACGGGUUUGUUUAAUUUACUGAUUCUUAUUUGAAUGGGAGUCUUAUUUGCAGACUGCAUAGGCUAACCGGAUACCUUCGCUGUCUGCUUGCAGUGCGCUGUGAUGGUUAUGGUGUUAAUGAUGGAAUCGCAAUGCGAGUACUUCAUGUAUUUCCCGGCCGUCCCCAUCUCAGACCUCUCUGACCCGGCCAAAUACCGCACGCUUCCGCGUCGCAGUCACCUUUAUCUGGGGGAAACUGUGCGCUUUCUUCUGGUUUUGCGCUCCCAGAACGUCGCGUCUGUGUCCGGAUCGAACACUGCGGCAGCUGAUGGCAGCGGCUCGGAGCAUCACAGCAGUCGCUCUUGGAGGGAGCUGGCUGGCUCUCUCAGCGCCGUGGCCAGCGUUAGCCCGGGCGAUAACCGACAACGGACACAGCCUCUGUAUCACGACUACCACAGCAGCGGGGAUGAGUGUGUGGAGGAUACGGACGAUGAUGAUGCUGCGGACGUGGGAUGCGCAGGUAGAGGGGGCCCGAGGUACCGGGGCUUCAGGGAAUGCAAGCCGCUCCUCAUUCACAACAACCCCGGCAACGGCGUGAGGGAAUUCCGCAAGGCUCCUGUGCAGUCUCCUGUGGAUGAGCCAGUUGUUUUAAGUGAUGAGGUCAUCUUCCCUCUGACUGUAUCUCUGGAUAAGCUCCCUGUCAACACUCUCAAAGUGAAGAUAAUUGUGACUGUGUGGAAGCAAGAAGAGGAGAAAGCUGAGAUCCAAGAACAUGGCUACCUCAGCAUCCUCCAACAAAAGAGCCCCUGCCAAACAUUCCGCCAGGACCUAAACACCUUCAAAGCGCAGGUCAGCACCACACUUAACGUCCUGCCCCCUCCCACAGUGAAGUGUCAGCAAAUGACUGUUUCAGGGAGACACUUAACUGUCCUCAAAGUGUUAAACGGGAGUUCUCAAGAGGAAGUGUGUGUGCGUGACGUCAAGAUCCUUCCCAACUUCAAUGCUUCAUAUUUACCAAUGAUGCCAGAUGGCUCGGUGCUGCUGGUGGACAAUGUUUGUCAUCAGUCAGGAGAGGUUGCCAUGGCAUCAUUUUAUAGAAUGGACAGCGAGUCUAGCCAUCUUCCCAGCAUGCUCAGUGCUCUAGAGGAGCAGAACUUUCUCUUCCAGCUGCAGCUCAAUAACCAGCCACAAGAUGAUUCAAAUGAGGGACUGGAGGUGCCAUUAGUUGCAGUCUUACAGUGGUCUACUUCUAAACUGCCCUUUACCAACUCUAUCUACACUCACUAUAGUCUCCCCAGCGUGAGACUGGACCGGCCGCGCUUCAUUAUGACCGCCAGCUGUCCCAGUGCGGUCAAGGCCCGUGAGCAUUUCCGGGUGCGAUAUACCCUCCUCAACAACUUGCAGGACUUUCUGGCAGUCCGACUAGUCUGGACACCUGAAGGUCGUGGACAGAAAGAGGAUCCUGCAGUGAAUGCUGUGGUGUGUCAUUCUCCUCUCAGUAACCUGGGCUACUGUCGAAAAGGCAGUACCCUCUCCGUCAGUGUGGCUUUCCAGAUACUCCGAGCUGGCCUUUUUGAGUUAAGUCAGCACAUGAAACUGAAGCUACAGUUCACAGCAUCCGUGUCCAACCCUCCCCCUGAUGCCCGUCCUUUGUCCCGCAAGAACAGUCCGUCGAGUCCAGCGGUCAGAGACAUUCUGGACCGUCAUCAGGCCAGUCUCAGUCUGGGACGCUCUCAGUCCUUUUCUCACCAGCAACCAUCCAAGUUUCACCUCACAAGGACAGGCAGUGUUAUGGAGCGCAGGGCCAUCACCCCUCCCGUGGGUUCUCCUGUUGGUCGGCCGCUGUACCUCCCUCCAGAUAGGAACAUUUUGUCGCUUGACAAAAUUGCCAAGCGUGAGUGCAAGGUGCUGGUUCUCGAUUCACACACCUAAAUGCACACAUACCCACGCACAGGGAGAGGACUUAUAUAUUCUGGAACGUUGGGAAAGAAUCAUGUGUCAUGAAGUAGUGUAAUUGGAAAAAAAAAAGUUAUUUUUUUUCUUUCAGUUUCUAUUCAAUAUGUAUUUAUUUUGUUCCUUUUUACCAGCAUUCAUUGUUUACAUGCUGUACAGUGUGAUUAUUUUAAAUAAUUUUGAUGCAAUUUAUGUGCAGCUACUGACAAUUUUGACUGAAGGAAUGAAUAGAAAGCAUAAACACAGGGUUUUUAUUGUUUAUUCAUAGGACAUUUCACUGGAGUCAAGAAGUUCUGAAAGUAAAAAAAGAGUGUAUUUAUGGCUGUUUAAGGGAAGGAUGGAUGGUUAUGGUUAGUAAUGCACAGAUCAUCAUGGGAUCUGUGCACUCAGAAAUCUCUACAGAUUUUUCGAAGAAAUUUUGCAAAGGACCUGCCCCUUGCUUGUUGGUUAAAUAGUUUGGCUAUUUUGGUAACGUUUUCAGCUACCAAUUAGAGUCUAUAUUUAAAUCCAUUCUGUAGAUUUGUCCUCAAAAAUCAAUGAAGAAAAUAUGAAGAAGACAGCAUAUUCCAUCUGGGCCUAGUCAUAUCCCAUUGUAAAAGCAUGUAACAUGCGAAAGCACACCCCCCCGCCCCCCUUUUUUGUUUGCUACCUAGUUUUGGAUAGAUUUUUUAGAUGUCUUUACAUUUCAUUAGUCAACACUGCCAACAUUUUCCUGCCCAUGUUUAAUUCCUAUUUUCCAUUUGCAUUCUACUUUGUAAAAGUGCUUUUAUUGUUUUUCUUAAAUACUGGAAAGAUGGUUUGCAAUGUUGUAGCUGUGGGCAAUCAGAACGUUUCUUUAAUUUUCAGACCUGUAUACUGGAAUGUUUUUGGUCUGGUCUUAAUGGUACCGUGCAGUGUAACUCCAUGUCACCAAUAUUCCUUACUCUUUCAAUAGUUCUAUGUACGUGUUGUUAAAUUAAUAUUUAUUUGACGUUUUCAUCAAUUAUUUCACUGUAACACUCCAGUUCAUCAAGUUUUGUUAACUUUUACAGGUUUCCCAUGUAAUCACACCCAAUCUUUCAAUGCCUGAGAGCGGGUAAAUCGUCACUUCUGGUUCUUGAAGGUGGAGCUUGUGUUAUUGGCCGGUGCCAUUUUAUUUCUGCUCCUCCUUUAUGGAUUUAGAAACAUUCUGUCACAUUCCUACUGCAGUGUGCUCUCAAAUAUGUGGUCUAAAUUUUUUGCUCCAGAAUGAUCUUAUCCCUCUCUUACUAGAUGUCCAGUAACAAAUUCCCGGUUAGCGUCAGGGCAGAUUCUGGCCAUACAGUAGUAUUGAUUUUCUAUGCAUUUACGCUAAACAUCAGACUUUCACAGAGAGCUUCAUAUCCACAACCCCUUUGGCUGUAGUGAUAAUCAAUUAUCAACUGACGUAAAGUGUGACCCCAUCGAGCCAUUUAAUGGGGGUUAUGAUUGAUUUCUCUUUGCAUCAAUGUUUACAUGUGAGGACUACUGACUUAUCCUUGGGACUGAAAAAGCUUUUCCUUUGUUGUGGAAUGUCACACAUGGUUUUAUAUUGUCUCUAAAUAUAGAAUCUUGAAUGUUUAAGUUUUUUGAACAAAAAUGUUUGGACAGACUUCUUAUUCUGCAGAAAAGUAACACACUGAUCCAAAACCAUAUUGUGGAUGUAGAUAAAAUGUUUUAAUAUAAACACGGUGAUGUAUUUUAAUUUUCAAAUUCUCAAUCCAUUUCACUUGUUUUCCAUAUAUGCAUCUUUUUUUUUUUUUUUUGAUUAUGUAAUUGUUAUUUUACAUCACAAACUUGUGAAGAAAGCAAUUAGACAGUUUAUUGCAGAAGAAAAUGUUCAGAAAAUGUUUGUUAUACUACUUUCCAGGGCAUCAAUUCAUUACAUUUCAUUUUAAACAAA